UGUUGUGUUGUGUUGUCUUUCUUGUCUUGUGUUUUUAGUUCGUUGCCACAUUCAAUCGCGGUAUAUGAUAAAAAUUUGUUAACUUUUGGUCAUUUUGUGUUUCAAAAUAUUAUUAUUAUUCCUGAAUUAAAUCCAAAAACAAUGGAUAAAAUGAUUGAAAACAACGAAAAUAAUGAAAAUGAUGAUGAUAAUCAAUUCAACGCCAACACUGAUCAGUUUAUCGAACAAUUGGAUCAAUGGGAAUAUAAUAAAGAUGGUAAUCGUCGUGUUGUAAAUGUUGGCCGUAUAUCGUUAUAUAGACAAUUUGAUCCAUUGGUUGAUACGCCCAUGAAAGUGGCAGCAGCAGCAGCUACAGCAACACCACCAUCUUCAAAUGAUACGUAUAAUUCAUGUUUAGAUCCUCAAGUUGAUAAUAAUAACGAUGAAUCGGAUCUGAAUUCUAAUAAUCGAAGCGAGGAUCUUCUUCAUCUUAACACUCCAAUGAAAACGAAUGAUAAUAAUGAUAAUCUUGAUGGCAAAAAUAUUGUUGUUAACGAUGAUAAGAUUAUCAAUGAGAAUGGAUUAACUCCACUACAACAACAGAAUAUCGAGAUGAAUGAUGAAAAAAUUGAAAAAUUGCAACAAAAAAAUGAUGAUUUAGGAUUAUUAAUGGAACAAUUGUUAUUGUAUAAUGAAGAAAUAAUCAAUCAAACAACAAUGAAAUUGUCCAUAAAUCAGAAAGAUAUUGACAUGAAAGAUGAAGAAUUGAAGAAAAAUUCCAUGAUCAUUAGCCAAUUAGAAGAAGAUAUUAAUGGUGUUGAAAAGAAUUAUUAUGAAAUUCAUAGCCGUUAUGAUAGUCUGCGUACGCUAGUGAAAGAAAUGGAUCAACAAUUGUUACAAAAAACUAAUCGUAUUAAAGAAUUAAAAGAUAAACUAAAAGAAAAACAUGAUGAUUGUAUUCGUCUACGGCAACAAGCUGAUGAGGCAAUUGAAACUGCCAAUCAACGAUUACUGAAUAAUAAUGAAACUGUUAGCCUCAAAGCACAGGUAAAGGUUCUUGAAAUGAAAGUAAAUGGACUACAAUCACAAAUUGAACAAAAAAAUCGUGAAAAUGAAGGACUAUCCACUAUUGUCAAUGAACUUAUUGCUAAUCAAAAGGCCUAAAAUACAUUGAUACAUUCUCAACAUACACACACACACGACAAUGCGUUAUUAUAAAACUUCAAAACAUUCGAUUUCGAAAAAAAAAAAACAAUACACCAGUGGCUUUUAAUCUAAUAAAUCACAUUCAUUCAUUUAUCCGUACCAUAAAAUCAAAAUCAUCAUCAAAAGAGAAAAAAAAAUCCUGACCAUUGUGAUACAUUGCUUGAUUCUAUACGAAACGAAAAAUGAAACCAUUGCCUUUUUCUAAUUUUUGAUAAUUGAAUCAUUAUUAUUAUAUUCACUGGUUGCCAAUCAUGGUGAUGAUGAUGAUCGAUUUGCCUAAUUAUAAUUACAAUUUUUAUUAUAUUAAUCUCCACAUUGAGCUAAUAUUGAUUUACCUCAUUUCAUUAAAUAAAGAAAAAUAAAUUAA